AUGGACCACCCGACCAACCUACCGGAGAUCGUCUCAGAACCCACGACUGGCGUCACUUUGCUUUCCAUCUUCCGCGACGUGUAUGAUUCCCCAAUUUUAGCGCCCGUCAUGCCCUAUGCGCCUAACGAUAUGUUCGGCGCUCGUUUCAAGCAGCUUAGCAAGAAUCCUGAACGUGGGACUGAACUAAAGCGCUUGUUCUCCCAGUGGUCGAUCAACACACAAUUAACUGGUGCCGCAUUCGAAGCUGAGUGCGCCAAGAAAGUGGAGGAAUGCCUCUGGCUGGCAACUCUGCUUAUGUCCGCAACGGGACGAAAAGGGCAUGAGCCCCGGCUGGACUUUUUCUUGAUGCACAUCCUCACCAGCGCGAUAUGCCUUCCGAGUCUGUUGGAAGCGUUCCCCAAAGCAAUCCACCGAGUUCAGUUGCUUCAAGGCUAUGUGCGAGUCACUGCGCUACUCACUCUCAUGCGCGGCCGACCGCGGAUGGAUGCGGAGUUAUUGAUGUCUUACACCGACAUUCCUCGCCCGAUCGCUCUCGAGAAGGAUGAACAGACAAAUCCCUGGCUCCCUAUCAUCCACAAUGGGCUGCAACAUCCGGAUGCCCAUGUCAUCAAAGCAAUUCGCUCCCUCUAUUACGCAGCCACGCACUACGGGAGCACGUCUGCUGGUCAAGUUGUUGGUGCUGUUGACCCGGCGGGAAAAGAGACCCAUCCCGGGACCAGUCGCCUCGAUGGUUCGGCCUUCGUUCGAGCUGCUGGCAUCACAAGUGAGACCAUGGGUAUCCACGACGCCGGUCGAUCCGCCACUUCACUUUCAACGACUUACGACCUACAAGAAUCACACGAGAGCACUAUGGACAAAUCAGCGUCGAUAAUCGCCGCGUUUGAAGCCGGCAAGCUCCCGACGACAAAGCAAAUCAACCAGAUCCUCGACUGGCUAUUGGUUUCAGGCAUCCCUGCGGUCCAGCCUACGGCCGAUGCACUCAGUGGACAAGGGAGGGUGCUGGCGAACGAUGUGCGCGGGAUCCUGGAGGCAUACAAGGCGUUGAAUGAGAGCAAGAACAAGGACAACCUUAUGCAAGAAGCCCUAUGGCAUAUCUCGCAGGGCGACACGGAUGUGCUCGUAUCCUCGACAAAUGAUGUCGUCGACACCGACGAGGCGGCCUCCGACGCGAAGGCGGUCAGCGACUCGGUCCGCACCAUCCUCACCAUUCUGUGGCAGAGUGUUGUCUCAGAGGGCAGCUUCCUCUUCAACGAUUUGGCCUCGUUCGCGCGCCUCGCGCUUGCUGAUGCCGCCGAGUCUCUCGAGUUGAAUGCCAGCGGCGCCAAAGAUGGUUUGAGGCAGGUCGAGAAAGAAGUGCAGGACGGGAAACGGGAUAAUCUGGGCAGGGACAAGCAGAGGGUCGAGGAAGAGAAGGAUGUCCGAGUUGCUUUCGAGCACGGCAUGGACACGCUUAAGGGCGCUGGUUCAAGUAUGAUCGGAGCGGGCCAGACUGCUGCCGAUAAGACGGAAGACAUUUCUGAGCGUACGACAACUCGCCUGCAGAAGGCUUACUUGAAGGCGUGCCAACGUGCUCAGAAUGAUCGUGAAUACCACGAUUCACUAUCAAACUUGUUCGAUACUGUGCAUAAAUGGGUUUCAAAAGCAUUCGACACGACCACCAACCAGCCAUUCACCCUCGGAUCGUUGGUCGAAGACACCACUCCCGAACAGCAUCUCCACCAAGCGUUGGGCGCCAUCAAAACUAUGCUCGACCGGUUCGCUUCACCCAAGUGCUCCGUCGACGAUGUCGUUGGGAAACUGCAAGUGUUCGUCUCCGCCAUUCGGGGCGACUCGACCGAGGUCAAACAGUGGCUGGACAAGUUCUUGAAGUACGCUCACAAAAGUCUGGACGACAUGGACUACUCUCAGUCCGAUGAAGCGAAAACGACCCGACGAGAACUGCGCCAUCAGUGGCGUGCACUGCUCGAUGCGGACACGGAGGCCGGUCAUGCUUGGACCGAACUGAAGGGGACACUUGAAACUUUCGGGACUGCCAUCGCUGAGGACAAGGACGUCGAACGUCUGCAGCAAGUUCACGGGCGUCUUGGCUCAGACAUCGAUCGUGGCCUGGUCGAGGCUGGUGAGACGGCGGAAACCGGUGUACAAGCUGUCUUGGAGAGGAUGUCAUGGUUCUGGCACGACCUUUUUGCUGUCUACGCUCCGAGAAUGCUAUCUAUGCUCAAGGAUCUCCCCGUCCCCCGUACCGAGUACACUGACAACGAUGUUGAGCUUGUGCUCGAGAAUCUCGACAUCUCUUCCCUAGCCCUCAAUCCAGCACACGUGUUCAUUCGCAACAUUUCUGACGUCGAUGUCCGUACGUCGGAGACUGGUGAAACUAAGUCAGCAGGCGUUGGUGCAUACACCCACAUUCGCAUGCAGGCCGUGCAGUUGAUGCUCAAAGACGUCUCGUUCUACUACAAGGACAAGACGGCGACACUGCCUCCGAGCGAGUUCACGGGCCUGCUCGAGCUGAAGAUGCCGCCGCAGGGUAUCGACAUCGACCUGAAGAUUCGGCUCAUCCCUUCUGCAACAGAACGCGAGUCUCGUCGCGCUUACCAUCACAUCGAACUCGUUACGGUCAACAUUUCAGACGACGUCGACUUGACUGUCCGCGAGAGCAACCACGCGAUUGUGCUUUCUGUCUUCAAGCCGAUCUUCAACAUGCGAUUCAGAGAAGCUCUCGGCAAGACGCUUUCUGAGCAGCUGCGCUCUAGCAUCGGAUGGCUUGAUGCCGUCGCCUGGGAUGUUGGCCGUCGGUCGGAGGUGUUCUCGGACGCCGGACUUGGCUCGGGGGCUUCAUUCGCGGGUGCCAUCUGGUCCGAAUUGGGCCGCCUCACUAAAGGCCAGAGUUUCGGCUGGCGUGCGACGGGCACUGGCCUUGUUCUCGAGGAAGCUUCUGGACAGACCAAGUUUGCUGUCGGUGCCGAGCCCCAGCUGUUAAGUGGGGAAAAGCGCGGUCCGGUGGGCACUGGCUCCGAGUCUGUCAGCAAACGAGUGGGAGAUGCGGUGGAUGCGAUCAAGGGCGAGACCGGUCGUAGUGGGCAGGACGCUCAGGACGCGGCCAAAGAUGUGAAGCAGCAUGUGGAGGGACUCGUCGGAGAGGGACAGAGACAAAUCCGCUCCUUCCAACGCACUGUCGAUGAGAAAGUCGUACAAGAGAAGAGGACGGAUGGAUGGAAAAGUUCUGCAUUCGAUUUGUAAGCGUGGGUAAUGUGUAGCUUAGUUGUACUCCUCGAUGUACUUGUAUAGUCCCGUUCUUCACAGACCCAUUGAAUCCUGAGUGACGCGGUCUGUACUGAAACGCGAAAAUCGGAGCUUGAUGUGAAGUUGUACGGGGGCCGAAGAUGCUUAGCCUUGCUUCAUUAGCCUUUUGAGACCUCAAUUCGCAAUUGGGGUGGGUGCUGUGCUGCAUUGGACAUCAGGCAUUUUGCAGCUGAUCAUGGUACUGGUGAUACUUCGAUAAGCAACGAACGCGAUCACGAUGCGAGAUCGUCGUGUAUGCGAUCACGUGAUCCUAACGAGCUUUCCAUUCUCCAGCCACCUGGCGUGACUCGGUUUUAUCUAAAUCGCAUCACGACCCAAACGAAAAAUAUGCACCAAUGGAGUACUUGACAUAGAGAGGAUUGUUCGUCUGCUCUUUGCCAGCGAUUGAAAGACGACCACUGGCACAGCUGAGCCUGCGCGAACGCACUGGCAGCGUCACACUCUUAUGUAUUGACUUGACACUGAUGUUGCCGCGCUUUUAAGGCCUUCCAAGUCGAUCCAGCAGUCAGUCUAGAUCAGUCUUUCCUCGUUGUCGAUUCGACAAGUCUUCGCCUCAAGCGAGUCCGACAAGUCGCCGCGGCCAGCACCCUCGACUGGACCAAGAUAUUAAGUGUGAUACGUUCCGGAAAGCCGGGGUCUUUUUGCGAAUUGAAAGCAGUCGCGAGACGACCCUCUUUUCUAGAUACGACCACAGCCCCAAAGCUGUUGCGUGAUGGCUAUCAGUAUCACAAUUAAUUCGGCGUCUCCGUAUCUUCGGCCGUACGGUUGACGUAUAGGUCCGACAGCUCUCCGCGUCCGAUAUCCAGAUGCCCAAGCGUGUGCCGAGUCAUUGCACUCGGGAUCCGCGACAGUGAUACGAAGAACACGCACGCAACUGGAGCCCUCCACUUAGCGACUGUGGCACGAACGGGACAUCAACGAUACACUCAUCUUCUCACCUAGCCUCGAUGGCGUCGUCGUUUGGAGAGUACGCGCUCCCAACGGAUACGCUCGCGGCAAUCCUCGCUGCCUACCCAUUUUCGAUUGGUCUGUUCCGAGAGUUGUUGCAGAAUUCGGACGACGCGCGAGCCUCCAAGCAGGUGUUUGUGCUCGACAAGCGGACAUUCGGAACUGCUACUUUAGUAGACACGCAUGCCAAGUUGAGAGGGACGCAGGGACCGGCCGUGUUGGCUUACAACGACGCGCUAUUUGAGGACGGAGACUGGGAGGCGUUACAGAGCAUACAUCGGUCGUCCAAGAAGACGGAUACAUCUAAGAUCGGAAAGUACGGAAUCGGGUUCCGUUCGUGCUAUCACAUCACCGACAACCCUGAAAUCCUCUCCGGCCCACAUCUCGCAAUCUUGGACCCCCAUCAUUACUUUGCACCUACGGGCGGUGUGAAGGUGGACUUUACCGCGCAAGAUGCUCAAUACCACGACCAACUAGACGCGUUCGAGUUCUUUCUGCCCUCGGACUCCCGGACGCAGCCGUUCUCUGGCUCCAUCAUCCGCCUUCCGCUACGACUGCCCGGUGCCGAGAGCAGUAUCAGUUCCAAGUCUGUCGACGCAUCUGAGAUUCGACAGCUCUUUGAUGACUUUGUGCGGGAGGAGAUCGGUAUCUCAUUGCUGUUUCUGAAACAUGUACGUGAGGUCGAAGUGCACGAGAUCAGUGAGGACGGGACAAAGCGGUGUUUAGCAAGAACCAGUAUUCGACGAGAUCAGGGCCGGACGCUGGCUGGGACCAAUCAGGACCAGCAUCAUUCAUUCAAGUGCACCGUGUCGGUGGACUCUGCUGCACACGGUCAACGCGACAAGCCAUGGCGCAUCGUCCAUUCUUUCUACCCAGAAGCCCAAUCGACCUCUCUGUUGGCGUUACGGAUAGGCCAAGAUCCCCGUCCCAUUCUAGCAAAGCACAAGUUGCUGUCAGAAAUGGCUGUGGCGAUCCCGCUGUCGAUCGUCGAGGCGUCAGAGAGCGACGGGCGGCUGUUCACUUAUCUGCCGCUGCCGCUCAAGACAGGAUUUCCUGUCCACGUGCAUGCUUUGUUUGCAUUGACUCAGUCAAGGCAGAACUUGAACAACGGAGGGGAAGUGGGCAUCGUGAAAGGCUCUGCUGACAGUAUCCUGGUCGAAUGGAAUCACAUCCUCUUCGAGAACUUUCUCCCCUGCACAUGGGCCAUCUUGCUGCAAGCGCUUCUUCAGGAGGACGCGCUGGAACACGUAUUCCGCGCCUGGCCCUCGGAACAGGCGGUGGUCUUUGGCGGUGACAGUGCAUAUUGGCAGUCCCUUCCUGCCAAGCUGCUCUCCCAUAUCAUUGCCUCGGCAUCGCCUGUUUGGCCGCUCGUCGGUGGAUCUUUCGCCGUAUUGGAUGCGUCGGUGCUGGUCACUGGAGCAGACACCGAUGCGGAAACACUCGCUGCGCUGACCAAUGCGGGAUUACGCAUUACCCAGCUCCCGCAAUAUAUUCUGCGGUUGCUUGGCGGCAGUCAAGCGCGCUAUGUGACGCUGUCGCCCAAGAUGGCCUAUCAGCAGCUCUGCGGCCAUCAGACAGAGAUACAUGCUCUCGACAGCGACAGCAGACUUGUCGUGCUGCGAUAUCUCGUUCGAGACAAAGUGCUCGACUACAUCGCUGACCUGCCACUGGUGCCACUGGUCAAUGGCGGUUUUGUGACACUCAAGCGACGGAGCGAGACGACUUCCAAAGUCUAUACGAUGAUGGAACAGGGCGAGGCGGAUGUCUUCAAGCAGAUGGACGAACUGGCCAUCGCACUGUCGAGUCUGCCGCAGCAAGCCAUCGAUGUCCUACGGACAAGUGGACCUGCGCUGCUGAAUGUGUCCAUUUUGACGCCGGCGAUUGUUGCCUCCUACUUGCAGUCAUUGCCUCUCGGAUUUGAUCUGACGAAACGGACGGACGGGAAGCUGAGCUACCCGCUCUUUUUCUGGCUUACGGCGUUCUGGAGCUGGUUGGGGACGUGGCAUGCACGCAAUGGCUUGUAUCCGCUCGUGUCCAGUCUCUACCUCGUCCCGACGCAUCACGGUGUCGAGGCACCGGCUGUGGGUGUGUUUACGGAUGCUGGGAUUGACCCCGGACUGGUCCCGAUCUUCAAGAACCUGGGACUGUCGUUCCUCCAUGCCUCGUUCUCUGACGAUGCGCUCAAAGGGCUGUCCGAAUAUCCACUGGUCCUCAAGAGCUUAUCGGACAUCCACCUCGUUCUCGAUCGCAUCACGCUGACGGCCGGACUGGCGCUGGAGCUGCAACCUGUUCAAGCACAUGCGCUGUCGAAGCACGUGGUCGACUGUGUGCUCCAGCUGGGCUCGCAGACACCGCUGACGCCGACCCAGACGCAGAAACUACGUUCGCUGCCGAUCUUCCCGCUGCUGUCUGCGACAACGGAGCCCCCGUCGCCGGAGAAGAGUUACAGUGUCUUUCGGCUGCCGACACUGCAUCGCAGGGCGAAGAGUGUAGCCGCUCCGGUCAUCCUGCAGUCCAUUCCGGAUGAUACCCUGGUAGUCGGAGUCCCGGGGACGGAAGACACAUCAGCGUUGAUCCCUGAUGUGGCAAAAUACGCGUUUCUUGACGGUGCCAAUGCCGAUUUGCACCUAUUGCAGCACCUGACACCCAGCAAAGUCGUGCCCCUUACUGCACCUGACCUGCUGGAGAUCGCCGUAGAGCAUUUUGCGGCUCAGACGAAGACUUUGAGGGCUGCUUUCCUGGAGCAUCUCGUCAAGUCCCGUGCGUCGCUGCCUCCAAGUCUGUUUGAGACGUUGCGCGACACGGAAUUUGUACAAGUCGCGAACGGGAGAAUGCAAGCCCCGAGGAGGGUGAUCGAUCCAAGCAAGACAGAUUUGGUGGCGCUGUUUUCAGACGACAAGAGCCGGAUCCCGGUGCUUCACCCCGAUGAUGCACCCAUCAUCUCACAGCUCAGACAACUAGACCUGCUGAUCUCUGCCCUCGAUGUCGACAUCGUGCGUGAACGUAUCGCCUACAUCUCAUCCCGCUCCGAGGUGGCCGAGUCCCGUACUUUGGCUGUGCAGAUGCUGAGUCUGAUCCAUGCGACGAGCAGUCUCGAUUGCUCGACGCUGGAAAUCUCCCCCGAGCUGCGAUGGCUGCCGACAAAUCGCGGUUUGGUUGGGUCUGCGGACUGUUAUGACCACAUGAUGCAGAUCGAGCUGUUCGACGAGGUGCUGGCUGUGCUAGAUCGAAAUGCGCCAGUUUCGCCGUCGCUGAGAGUGGCGCUCAAGUGGGAUAGGCCUGUGCCAUUUGACAUCCUCCUGUCUCAGCUGCGCACAAUAGCUCACAGCGGCCAGCCCUCGACGCUCAAGCUAGAUCGCCUGAUCCGGGAACUCAGCACUCGGGCAUUGGACGACAAGCAGGUCGAGGUCUUGCAGGAAAUCGUCUCUGGAAAGCGUUGGAUCCCGAUCGCAUCGAAUUUGGUUGUCAAAACCGAGCAUGCUGUCUUCCAGUCGACGUCUGGUUUACCUGGCUUCCACCAGAUUCCAUUCGGGCUGGGUGAUCGGCCAGAGACGAAGGCAUUUCUGUCAAAGAUGGGCUGUACUGACCGGCCCUCCGCACCUAUCCUGCUUACCGAGCUCAAGUCACUGGAAGCACGAUCACGUUCUCGCGACAUCGUCGACCAAGCUUUGUUAGUCCUUACGGCUCUCGCCGCCGACCUCAAAUCUGUGUCUCGAAGUGAUCUUCUCGUCCCCGACACGACCGGAAUUCUGCGGCCGAUCUCGCAGGUGUAUUUCAACGACGUGGGGGAGCGUGCAUGCCUGAUCGACUUGGGUACUGCCACCCAUAUCGCGCAUCCGAAACUGUCUGACGAUCUCAGCAAACAACUGCUGAUGGAUCGCCUGGGCUUCAAGUCGGUUGAGCUGAGCCCCGGGAUCGACAUGGGCGAGACACUGACGACAACGAUCCGGAACACGUUGAAGCAAUAUUCCGAGGCUCAGAUCUGCAGCGAAUUCUUGGCCAACGCAGCUGAUGCCGGGGCGUCCAGCUUUGCGAUCAUGGUCGACGAGAAGAACGCACCCACCGAGAAGCUGUUGGCUGGCUCGAUGGCGGCAUUCCAAACCGGCGGCGCGCUGGUGCUCUGGAACAGCGGUGUAUUCACAAGCAAGGACUUUGACGGGAUCUGUCGGACUGGGGUCGGCGGCAAAGAGGGAAAGACGAAUACCAUUGGGCAGUUUGGGUUGGGGGCGCUGUCCAUGUUCCAUUUCACCGAGAUGGCGAUGGUCGUCUCAGGUUCUCAGGUCCUGUUCUUGGAUCCAUCCAAGAGUCAUCUUCCCAUACAAGGCAGAGCUUCCCUUCUGUUGCCUCUGGAGCAGCUCAAACGGUGGUAUCCAGAUCAUCUUCAGGCUAUCCAAGGCCUGUUCGGGUUCAAUAUCAAUUCCAAGGCUGCUUACAAUGGAACGAUCUUCCGCCUUCCAUUCCGGCGCAAUGCCCAUCUCAACCCGAACUCUAUCCUUCUUAGCGUCACAAAGUAUACGACGCAGUACAUCCGUGAACGAAUUUUGCGACCGUGGUAUGAAACGGCCAAGCUUUCGCUGCUGUUCACCAAGCUCGAGCGCAUCUCUACUUCGUACCGCACCGCUGCAGGCCGGGAGACAGCCGACUGGUCUAUCAGCGCUUUCCACGAGCCCGCGAAAGCGGUCUUCAAUUUCCGCACCCACAUCGUGCAUGUGAAAUUUGAGGACAGCAGGAGCACUGACGACUACAGGGUCGUUUCGACCGCAAUGCCUCUGAAAGAUAUCCCCAGCGAGUUCUCGCCGUUGAUCGAGCCGCAUCGGUUGAGGUCGCCUGUGGUUGUUGGAAUGGCGGCGCCGAUGGACGCCAGCACCAGUCCUAUUACCAACACCCAGCGCUCGCGGCUUUUCUCCACUCUGCCCUUGCCCAUGUCGACCAGUUUACCGGUGCAUGUUACCGCAUCCUUCAUUCUGACACCUGAUCGGAGGCACAUCCGGCUGGACGACUAUGCCAAUCUGGAGAGCAAAUACAACUCCUGGCUCUUGGCAACGGUUGCACCGCCGCUAUAUCUGUUCUUGCUGGAAGAUCUCUUGCGGGGCCGGAUGGGUAAUGGGCAGUGGUGGCCGGGCAAUUAUGCUGGUCAGCACGAGGAUCCGGUGUCGAAACAUCUCCUGGACGCGUUCUACUCUGCUGCGCACCUGGGAACGACCAAGCGACGAAUCUGCGCCAGUGCGUUCGAAGCCGGGGAGCAGCUCAAGCCGAGCGAGGUGCUGCUCGGUUGGGACGAGCCUGGGUGCGUGACCAAGAUCCUGUCGCGGCUCAACGCUCCGCACGUCGUGAUGCUGCCCCAGAAAGUGCGGGAGCGGUGUGCUGCGGUGAUGAAGAAGGUCGACCAGACUCUGGUGCGCGAGGAACUGCUGGCCAAGACGAGAUCGUUCGUGGGUCUGUAUAGCAAGGGCGAGAUUAACGUCAAGGAUAUCGAGGGUCUUGUUGAGUUUCUAGCCAAGGACCAGCUGGGAAAGUGGGCUGGUCUGCCACUUGUCCCGCUCAGGGACGGGAAGCUCGGGACACUGGCCCUGCAGGCGACCACGACGACUAAUUUCCACGUCUGGAAACCCGCCUUCCCCGACCGCGUUCUGUUCCCAGCCGAGUUCCUCGUCCAACCAGAGUUCGGAGCUGUCGCAGAGAAGGUGUGGCCCAAGUCGACGAGUCUCAACGUCGUCAAACUGGACUACCUCGGAAUCGAGCAGCUGCUGAAGGAGCAGCUCUCCAACAGUGAUGAGAAGCAACUGAAACCGGAAGACGAAGCCUGGGUGCAGCUGUUCUGGGCCGAGUACCCGCAUUUCGGGAUCGACCCGAAGAACAAUAAUACGAUGCAGCUUCGGUAUCCGCUCGUCCGCACCACGAAGCCAGGACAGUACAUAUCGCUGAGCAAGUGCUGGACAAACUCGGUGCUUAUCGCCACGAGCAACGACCCAGCGUGGCUGUGCGCCGCCCUCACGGACCUCGGGGCGUGUGUUGUGCAGCGGGAGAACAAGGAACUGCUUCCGAAAGCGCUACGGGAGCUGCUCAAGUCGCAACAGAGCAUGAAUUUCGAGCGAGUGCUGGAUUACUUCCAGACGGUGGAGUCGUCGCUUUCGUCUCGUUUUGCCAAGUUGGACCCCGCGCUACAUGCCCAGCUCGCCGAAUGGGCGCGAGGCAAGACCGUGAGCACCCCCGAGCGACUGAUCCCCAUUGCCAGCCAGUUGCCGAUCUGGAAGAAGCUACAGCGCGGCAGCUCUGACCAGAAGCCGCAGCUGCACACUGCGAUGGAUCUCAAGAUGUUACCGUUCGGGAUUGGGAAGGACGUUGCAUCGAGGUUCAUGGGUGUGCCGACCGUGGAGCACAAUGUGUCGCUCGUGCAUCUGAAAGUCACGCCGAUGCCCUUCAAUCAGUUUUGGUACCAUCUCAAGCUGCCGCAGAAGCUGACGGUCGAGGAUCAGACUGUAUACAAGCAGCUCUUGGGAGUCCUGCCCGCAAAUUUCACAUUCAACGGCGAUAGCAUCCUCGUCCCGAAUGGCAAUCGGGAUCUUGUCAAAGCGAACACUCUGUAUGCUCGGCACGCGCUCUUCAUUGCGGCCUUCGGCUCUGAUCUCUCGGCCGAACACUUCAUCCUGGACAGCUUCCGAGAUCUCGAGCCCCGACUGGUCCCGCUUGGCCUGAAAAGCCACAGCAACCUCGAUUUCGACAUGUUCAGUGUCUGUGCGCGUGCGAUCCAAGCGGAGAUGGACAAGCCUCAGAUUAUCGCGCGUGCCAGAGUUGUCUUCAGGGCUUAUGGCGAGGACAUGUCGCUGCGCAUGGAGCGCGGGGGCUGGAAGACAUUCGACGAGUUCCGCUUCAUUCCGAGGGAGACUCUGCGCCGGCGAACCAUGGGAAUCGAGAACAGCUCGAGAUACGUCAAGCCAAUCCCGCGGCUGAUGACACCAAGCGAGUCGUUAUUGGCGGAGCACGAGGCUGUCUGCUGGACCCAGCGCGGUGUUCUGCUCGAGUCUCCUCACGAACGGCUACUCGUCGCGAAUCCGACGUUCGGGCAGCCGACGGCCCGGGAGGUUGUCGAGCACCUGCGGGUGCUUGCUCUGCAGGUUGCCCAAGACCUGCCUUCCGACAUUUACGUGCUCUCCGAUCUACAGGCGACGUACGAGUGGCUCGACGACCAUCAGCAUCUAGCGGAGGAGAUCAUCGUCGAGAUGCACGAUCAGCCUCUCUUCCUGAAUGUCGAUGAUCCGAGGACCGAGCGCUGGGUGUGGCAUUGCGCGGACGAAAUGUUCUUCAACAUUCUAGACGGCGGCGACCUCAAGUCGGUCAAGAAGUUUCUGAUCCCGUGGAGAGACUUGCUCAGCGUAGCGGGCGUUGACGAUAUCGUGAACGCGCCGGUGCCUGCCACCGAGCGGAGUUCGGUGGAGACACAGCUCCAAAUGCUCAGAGACGGGUUUCAGAGUAUGCGUGUGCAGGGUCUGCUGACGGACGUCGUCUUCGUGUCUGAGCCCAUCUCGGCUGACGCCGAAGACGGAACGAGAUUUCCUGCCCAUCGGGCUUUCCUGGCCCCAAUGAGCGAGUAUCUCAACGACCUGUUCUGUGGAUCCUUUACCGAGUCGGGGCCUGGGACAGCAGACGAUCCUAUCGAGGUUGAUUUGGAGUACUCGGCUCUGACUGUCGAGGCUGUCUUGGACUUUAUGUACCAGGCCAAAGCACCCAGUGUCGAAAAGCUGGCUGAUCUGCUGGAUCUCAUGGACUUGUCCAACUACUGGGGCCUUUCCGAGCUCUGCCAGCUUGUCCAAGCCAAGAUUAUCAGCAACAAUCAGAUCUCGCCAGCGACCUACGAAGAGGUUCUCGCGCGCGCCACUGCACUCGACGCAGCGCUUCUGCUUGCAGCCUGUACUUUCUUCGAGAACGCGAAUCGGGACGCCAUUCUGCGACUGAAAGGCGAGGCUACCGGCAAGCGGCGGGAGUCUAGGCGGAUCCCCAUCAAGGCUGGGUCUGCGUCCCGCAAGUCUAUGGCAGUGUCAGAAACCAGCUCGUCCUCAGGCAGCAGGCUGCUGAGCUUGAAGCCGCCUACGGCAAAGAAGGUCGCCAAGGGCUUCUUCAAAGGAUUGAGGAAGGUGGGCGACAGUUGGGAUUUUCUCUCUUGACCACUCAGGAGGACUGGAUGUAUCUCUGGCAUAUUGUAUUUUUACGUUCCACAUCUGUAUUUAUGCACUUUUAUCUUUAAUCUCCAUUCC